GGCCGGCGGGCCCGGGCGCACCUGGCGGGGCGGCAUGGCCGUGCGGGGCCGGGGCGGCGCCGGGGGCAGAGUCCAGCGGGGAAGCCGGCGGCGGCAGGAGCCCGGUACAAGCGAGGAAGAUGCCGCUGGGGCUGAGGAACAAGAAGAAGGAGAAGUCCAAGGAGACCUUCAAGCUGGUGGAGAGCGAAGCGGCGGCCCCGGCCCCCGCGGCCCCGGCGCCGGCCCCGAGCGCGUCGCGGCUGCAGUUCCACACGCAGCUGGCGCACGGCAGCCCCACGGGCCGCGUCGAGAACUUCGGCAGCGCCCGUGAGUUGUACGCGAAGAUCGCCGAGGUUUUCCGCAUCGACCCCGCCGAGAUCAUGUUUUGCACUUUGAACACUCAUAAAGCUGAUAUGGACAAGCUCUUAGGUGCACAAAUUGGCCUUGAAGAUUUCAUAUUUGCCCACGUAAAAGGACAACGAAAAGAAGUGGAAGUUCUUAAAACUGAUGAUGUGCUUGGGCUUACCAUUACAGACAAUGGAACUGGAUGUGCGUUUAUUAAGCGAAUCAAAGAAGGUAGCCUUAUGGACCAAACCAAAAUGAUCUGCGUGGGUGAUCACAUUGAGACUAUAAAUGGAAAAAAUGUGUCAGAUUGUCGGCAUUAUGAAGUUGCCAGGAUGCUAAAAGAUCUGGAGAAAGGUCAAGUGUUUAAGCUGGAGUUGAUAGAGCCUAGGAAAUCAUUUGAAAAGCUGGAACCAAGGUCCAAAGGUGGAACUCUGCCAGAGGCUAAAAUCUCCAGAGGAAGAGAAACGCUUCGGCUGAGAACCAAAGGCCCUGCUACUGUGGAGGAAAUGCCAACUGAAGUUGAAGAAAAAGCAAUUAAAAAAGUGGAUGAGCUUCUUGAAACAUACAUGGGGAUAAGAGAUAUUGAAUUAGCUGCAACAAUGGUGGAAGCUGGAAGAGACAAGAAAAACCCAGAUGAAUUUGCUGUGGCAUUGGAUGAAACUCUUGGAGACUUUGCAUUUCCAGAUGAGUUUGUGUUUGAUGUAUGGGGAGCAAUAGGUGAUGCUAAGCUAGGACGACUGUAAUGAGAGCUGUGAGGUUUAUAAUCUCCAUUUGAAAGUACAAAAUUAUGUUCAAACAUGAUAUAUCAGAAUUUUAAUACUUUCAUUGAUAAGAAUCCAGGAUGCUCUGUGUAAGUAUUCUUAUCUGAAUCUUUUGCAAAAGAGGUUUCUAGUAGAAUGAGGAAGAUAAACCCAAAGUUCUCACAACUGCACAUUUAAAACAAACCUUUAAUUUAUAUGUGGAAAUCACUGUGAGGAGUGCAUCAAGGAGAACUAUUUAUACAGACAUUUUAUGAAAAGUAGGUAUUUUUUAUUGUACAUAAACUUUGAGAUCGAUAUUCUGAAGACUGUUAGACGUGCAAAAAAGGGUUUGGGUUACUUUAUCUCUUAUUUCAAAAGGUUUAUAAACUUGUUGAAAAACUACCUAGCUACAUGCUGAAGUUCCCUGUUCUUCUGUUGUCCUUAUGUAUUCCCAUACACAAAUUGCUGUAGAAAACCUAAAAAUCUUAGGUUUUCUUACAGGUUGGCUUUGAUGUAAUGUUUUUUUGUAGACAGAGUUGGGAAGAAGCUACCCUAUUUCUGAGGAACCUAAGUUCAGGAAAAAAAAGUAUUUCCUCUGAAACAUUCUUCUGAAUUAAGAUCUUUGCAUGAAAAGACUUGUUUCAUUUGUGUCAUAACACUCAAUGUCUAGGUAUUACUGGGAUGACUAAGAACAGUAGAAAUGCUUAACCGAGGAAGCUGCUGCAUUAUUCAGAUGCCAUAUUGUUGCAAAAGGAACUUCAUAGGAAGAAACAAAUGUUGAUUUUGGUUACUAUUUGAAUAAUAUCUGUGAUCUGGCACUGGAGACCAGAGUGUAUGACUACAUGCGUAAUUGAUCUUUGCAAAUGCUAAAUUAUUUGCUGAGAUCCUAUGGGCAUUCCUAUGUCUGCUUUUUUUCAACAUGACAACACAGGACAGACAUUGAAGGUGUUUAUACCUGGAAGAUAUUAUUGUAACGUCACAAGCAAUCACAGUUUGGAUAGAAAUGCCUGUCUAAACCCUGAAAAAAACAAUACACUAAUUUUAGAUGUUAUUAUUUCAUUAUAUUCAUUAUUAUAUUGUACAUAAAAAAUCAUUUUAACUGAUUAUAUUUUACUAAUAAAUCUCAGAUUAUUAAAAGUGAACUGUCUCUUUUAACACAUCUGCUAUCCCUGCAUUUUUCCUGUUCACUCUGUAUUUAAUGAAGAGCAACGCAAAAUUUUGUUUCUACCCUUAAUAAGACUUUUUCAGUUUUUGCUCUUCCUAGUUUUAAUUAAGACAGAUAUUUUCUCAUUUGGUUAGAAAAAGCUACUUUCAAGUGAUUUUUUUAUAGCCUAAUAACCUGUCAUGAGUAUCCUUGAAAGUGAAAUUGAACAACAAUGUGGGGCCUCACCUGGGUAGGUGUCAUAGCUUUUUAGUAUUUUUGUAUUUGCAUAAGCAUAUAAAAUAAUAGGUUUUACAAUUAUUUUUUUUUUCUAAAUAAUUGCCUAGUUACUUUUCUUCUGAGGAGAAUGUCUUUCACUGUCUUGCAGAGAUCUCUUUGAAAUAAAGACUAUGCCAAUAAUUUUACGUGUUCUAUGUCAAUGAUUUUUUUGGUCUAAAACCAUGACACUUUGAAGUCCUCAAUUGGUCCUCAUUCUCUUACUGUGUUGUUUAGGAAGGCUCCUGAACUCCAGUCUUCUGCAAUGUUAAAACAUGUGAAUAUUUUUUCAAAUUAUGGAAUAUUGAAUGAAGUUUAUAAAUAUACAGUAUAAAUACUGGUCAGUGGUCUUUCAACAGGGAUAAUUUUAUAAAUGCUGUUGUGAAUAUCUUGUGCUUGUAUCUCUGAUCUAAAGAAAAGAUUUCACAUAAAGAUAUUUUUUUUUAAUGGAAAGAGUAGUACAGGGCAAUAUGGAGAUCAUCUGUUUUAUUGUAUUUAUUGAGAAGUUUAAAGGUGUCAAAGUUUCUCUUUGUUAUACUAGUGCCUCAUAUUACCAGUGUGGGAUGAAAUGCAAAUGUAUCUUCAAAAAGGUUUGAUAACUAUCAGUUUCUGUAUGUAGAAAUGCAUAUAGAUGAUUGAUUAAAAAAAAGGCUGUUUUCAAGUUAUGAGGAGUAAACACAUAUAAUUUUACAAGAAAGUUUGAGUUUUAGUAAGACUUGAAAAUAAAUUGAAGAAACUUUGUAAGAAGGUGGUUGAAUUUUAUACAUCCCUUUUAUCGACUGAAGCCUCAAGGAUUUUUUAUUCUGAGAAAGGAGUAUAAUUUUAGGAUGGAGAGCACAAGGUGGGUGGUAUUUAAUAAUUGGAAGUCUGAACUCAGUCUUCUGUUGCAAUUGAAGGUACUCUGUCUUGCACAGGGCUACUUUAACUAAUGUACUCUUGGUAAUGAAGAGUUAAAGGAUCACAGGCCAUAUAAUUGAUUCCUUUAGGUGAAAAGGAAAAAUGAAAUGUCAAGAAUUCCCUGUUGGUUUUAAAUUGUUUCAAUAAAACUCAGCUGUCAGAAUUUGUGAAAAUGUUUAUAUACACUAAUGUUAGUAACCAAUGUGUCACUGAUUAUAAAAUCAAUUCAAGUUAAGAGUUCCUUCUUAAAUGGUAAAAAAGUACUACAGAAGAGCUGUAUUAUAAAACAAUACAUUAAAUUGUACCUGUGGCAGAUAAUCUCUUGUGUUUUAGCUUUUUGUUUUGAGAAAUUAAUGUUUUUCAAUCAAUUUAUCCUCAGAGAAUAAUUUGUCCUAUCACACUGAUAAAGUAGUGAGAUGAAAAUGAUCUCUGAGGCUGUAAUUCUACACAGAGGUGUCUCUUGUCAUAGGGGCCUCUCUUUGCAGAGUUUAUAUCAGAACUAAGAUUUGAAUAGUGAUUGUAUUUUUACUAUCUUUUAUUUCAAUAAACUAUGUUGCUCUAUCUUAA